AUGGCCGGAGCCUAUGGCAAUCCAGGAAAUGGGCUUAUGCCCGAAGUUGUGUCUUUUGCCCAGAAAUACGGCUUGGCCGGGCCAGCACAGGAGGAGCUGCAGAAGCUCAUGCACGCUUCCGUUGCCCUGGCACAGCGCCGUGUGACGGUCUCUGUGCCAGCUACUGUGGCCAACUUGGGGCCUGGCUUGGAGACUGUUGGUUUAGCUGUUGAUGUUUGGGACGAGUUUACGCUGGAGUUCUCGGAUCACUUUAGUGUCGAGCUGCGGGGCACAGACAUCGCUGAGGUACCUCGCACGGAGGAGAACCUGGUGGUGCAAGGGGCUGCAGCCGCUUUCAAGGUUUCCGGCAGACAUCUACCAUCGCUGCGGUUCAUCUGUGAGCAUAGAAUACCCUUCAACAAGGGUCUUGGAGCUGCAAGCGCUUCCUUCGUUGGUGGUUUCCUGGCAGCAUCCGUGCUCUCCGCCGAGGAGUUGAGGCUGUCACCAAGAGCAGAGCAGCCAGAGCAGGAACAGGUGGUCAGGGCGCGAUCUGGUACUUUCCCCGAUGGGGUGCCUUGUGAGACUUCGAACGUCGACGCACUGCUUCAAGCGACAAUAGCACGCGGAUGGAAUCCCGGAAAUGUGUGUCCAGCAAUCUACGGGGCUCUCCAGAUUGGAAUCCCAACUGUCUCCGGAACGCGCUCGCAUCGCGUGCCAAUUCCGAACGGCCUCGUCUUGUGUCUCUUCGUUCCCGAUGCCAAGGAGGAAGGCCAGCGCUUGGAGGUGGAGAGCGUGGAAAGACGGAACGCGAUCUUCAACGUUGGAAGAUCAGCGCUACUCAUCAACUGCUUCGCAACUCAAGACUUCGGCAAAUUCCAGAAGGCUUCAGAGGACUUCCUUGCGACGCCGACUAUCCUCGAAAAGUUUCCGCAUAUCCGCCCCGUGUCUCAGGCUGCUUUGGCUGCUGGCGCCUCCGGUGCCUGUGCAUGUGGCUACGGCCCUUCAGUCAUGGCCUUGAUUCAGGGCCGCACUGGGGACGUACUCGCACAGUCCGCACG